UGAUGUUAAGUUUCGUUUUCCAGACUAACAGCCGCUGGUCGACAAUAAAUACAGAGACUGCACAGCCAUAUUCAAAAGUCAAGCGUCGUUUCAACUCAUUUACCAGACACUCAUCAGAUAAAAGACAUCGGAAACAAACAACAUGAGCAGAGCUACAGACUGGCUUCCCUCCCUGUGGUUGGACACAUUUGAUGAGCUGCUGUAUGAUGAUAGUGAGCUGGAUUACGGAGACCAGUGGAGUCUCAACUUUAACUACAGUCAGACAGACACAGUCACCAAGGAGGAGAAGAAGAGGGGCUGGAAGGUCUACAGCCACUGUGCAUAUGGAAACUUCCAGUGUGGGUCCUGCAACAAGACCUGGCCUUCAGCACGGGUGGUGGUGUUGUUCCGCUACCGGCUGCGAGGUGACCGGGGGACAGUGAUCAUGCGGCCCUUUGGACAGGCCUGCCGCCGUUGCCAAGACAAUGAGUUUGAUCUCCCUGGUUUUUCCAAGAAAGAAGUGGAAGAAGCUUUGCUCAGGCUGUUCCGCAAAAUCCGGAAGAAUUGCUACGGAGAUGAGGAUGAUGAUGAUGACAGAGGCUCGUCAGCAUGCUCUAAUAGGGUGUAUACCAAGCCACAUGAGGCCUCCCUGUGCGAGGCCUGCCGUAUGGGUAUUUGCUGUCAGGAUGAUGACUAGAAGUGCAUGUGUCAUAUCUGCAGUAUGCUCCAUGCUCCUUUGCACAUUCCCUUUUUUUUAUGUUUAGUUAAAGUUAUGUCAUUAAGAAAUUUAAUGUUGUGUUAUGAAAAUUAUUUAGCAGCAAGACCAAUAAUAAGAUUCUUACAGUAAAUCUUAGAUUUGUAUCUUUUUGUAUUUUGUUGCUUCUAAUAAAGGCCUGAGCACUUUUA